CCCCCCGCGGUGGCGCCAUCUUCCCCGGCCACGGGAGGGGUCACAGUACUUGGGAACGCUGUGCGGUGUCGCCGGCCGGACCGCCCGGGGAAAGGUGCGCGUCCCGAGGGACCAUGGAGCCGGGGCCGCGCCCCGCCGGCAGCAGCUGCGGCAGCCCCGCCGGCCUCUCCCGGGAGUACAAGCUGGUGAUGCUGGGCGCCGGCGGCGUGGGGAAAAGCGCCAUGACCAUGCAGUUCAUCAGCCACCGAUUUCCGGAAGAUCACGACCCCACCAUUGAAGAUGCGUAUAAAAUCCGGAUCCGUAUUGAUGAUGAGCCUGCCAACCUGGACAUUUUGGAUACGGCUGGACAGGCAGAGUUUACAGCCAUGCGGGAUCAGUAUAUGAGGGCAGGAGAAGGGUUUAUCAUCUGUUACUCUAUCACCGAUCGUCGAAGUUUCCAUGAAGUUCGGGAAUUUAAGCAGCUUAUUUACAGAGUUCGACGCACUGAUGAUACACCUGUGGUUCUGGUGGGAAACAAGUCUGACCUAAAGCAGCUAAGACAGGUCACCAAGGAAGAAGGACUGGCUUUGGCGCGAGAAUUCAGCUGUCCCUUUUUUGAGACGUCUGCUGCAUACCGCUACUACAUUGAUGAUGUGUUCCAUGCCCUUGUACGGGAGAUACGUAGGAAAGAGAAGGAGGCAGUGCUGGCCAUGGAGAAAAAGUCUAAACCCAAAACCAGUGUAUGGAAGCGGCUGAAAUCACCAUUCCGGAAGAAGAAGGACUCCGUAACUUGAAGGGAGGAUGUGCGUGUUCGCCUGUGAACCGCAGGGUUUACUCUGAGCAACCCAGUGGCCUGCACGAGUGAGCAUGGCGCUUGCUCCUUCUCCUGUCGUGACCGUUCCUCUAAAUGUAACUGAUGAAGGGGGUAUGCCUAGUGGGAGUCUUCAGUGACAUGGUGUUUAGAAUACUGUCUUUUUAGCUAAUUCUGAUUUAUUAACCCAGUGGAGCACUGUCUACUUGUAAAUUGUCACAUUAGAAUCUGAUCUACCAAUGUUUUGGGUUCUGUUCCUGGUAUUAGUUAAUUAAUGUCGAUUGUUUCCACCCUGGGGGAGUUUGUAUACCAUGUGUGUUUUACGAAACCCACAGGAGGAAUUUUCUGCUAUGCAUUACUCUGUGUCCUUUUCAAUUUGGGUUCCCUGAGACCUUCCCAGGGAAGGGCCUCACUUUCUUCUAUUCACAGGUGCUUCCUGGACACACAGCGAAAACCACAGAAAACCAGGUUCAGGGCAUUGCUGUGGAGCUGCCUCCUGUCACAGAUUAGGGGUUUAUGAGCUCGGGGACGCCAGGCCGUGGAGUGGGGCGGGCGGGACUCCACGUAGGACCAUGUUCCCAGUGCAAGCCUGGCUUUCCUAGAAAGUGCACAUUCAACCCAAAUGCACUGAGCUAGGUGAGGAUAAGCAGAAGCGAGUGAAAUGUAGGAGAGUUUCUUCUAUGAAGUUAUUUUGUUCUUGCUCUCAGGAUUUAGCUUUUCCUUAGCUUCCAAGGCCUAUGCUUUGGGAGCCAUUACUGGAUUACUAAACUCUUUGUUUAGACCCUUAGUUGGGACAGCCAUGGCCUUGUGCAGGUUUAUUUUUUUCCCCAGAGAUGCGCACACCAGUACAUUUACAUUAGUGCUUCCCUGUGCUGUCUAGCAGAGCUAGGCCUGGGGGAACGUUCUCUAGGUCCUUCAUCAGACUGACUGCAUUGUCCAUAUGGAAGAGACAUCGGGAGUUAGAGUAAAACCAUGUAUGUGCCUUCUCAACACAGACAAUCACUAGACUCCGUGCUCAGAGAAGAGAAGCCUGGGCGUCUUCUGUGCUAACGAGCCAAGCACGAAGUUUUAGAACUCCUGUGUGUUGAGUUUCUCAUUGAAGAUUUCUUUGCAGGGACCUUGGGGAGUUCACUGCACAGGGCUGCCUGAGCCUUGACAAAACUUAGCCUAAGAGAAUACCACCUCGAUAUUUGUGCAUAGCUGGGGAGCUAGUGUCCUGGGAGAGGGCACGGCUUCACGUAUGGGUGGUGCAUUCGCUCUUCUAGAAUCAGGAUUGUUUGGAUAUCUGGACUUAACUCUUUGUGGAGGUUAGGUGCAGAAGUGCAAAGAAUAAUGUGGCACAGAUUGAACAUUAAACGUCACGGGCAGAGUUUGUGACCAUCUUAACCCCGAAACACGCGACUGCAGCGCCAUUUAGAAAGUGUGCCCCUCGACUUACUGUUCUCCACUUUACUGACAGGCAGAAGGAUAGGCUUAUUGUGUUUUUUUCCUCAUACUCCAUGCGAUGUCUGUUCCAGGUAUUUAAAGGUGAUGGUUGUGCCUUUUUUUAGCUAGGUCGUGGUCCCUUUUGAAACCAAAUAAAUCACGUUUUAUGGUACUCAAGCCAUCCAAUAGUGAAAGACCCAGAAUUUGAAUCUUUGCAGGACAGAAAUCUGAUAGGAACCAUAUAGCACUUUAGAGAAGCAUGAAGGUAGAAAGAAAUGCAGUGCAAUUCUGUUUUAACAGUAUUUCACCACAUUUAAAUUAGCUUAGAGCCUUUUACAUGUAGUGCCUUAGUUUCUCAUUACUAAUGACCUAGGGAAUUGUAAUUAGCGUCAAGCAAGAACUUGACAGCUGUAUAAUCAUUCAGGACAUUCAAGGCGGCAGAGAAGAUUGCCAGAAAGAUCCAUAAGUUGGGGGAAUUUGUAUUGUAUAUAAGAAAAAUAACAAAUUUGUGUUUUUAAGACUGUCACUGUCCUGUAUUUGGUCAUUGGAUUAAUUAGCCCAUUAGUAUUGAGAAUUCUAUUCAUGGUGCUAAAUAGUUUGAGGGGGUAUAAUGUGUGUAGGUAACAGCUCUAGUCUUAGUGAUCAUAACUGUAUGUAAUUUUAUAAGCUCUGAAGAGUCAGGUUUAUCCAAUUUGAGGGCAUUAAAAUCCAUUACUGCCUGGAACUUUGAAGAGAAACAUUCAGGGACACAUUUGAAAGCACUGGGACUGUUGAUGCCUGCGCCCGAUUGUUAAUUUAGAAAAUUUAGAGUGAGCUGUUAGAAUUCAGGAGGGGAUAUGUUUAAUUUUAUUAAAUUUUAGCAAGAAUUGGUCUGUGAUGUUUGGGGGAGGGAGAAGGAAGAGCAGUCUUUCACUUAACGCAUGUGUAUGUGAAGACAGUUUAUAUGACACAAUACAGAACUUUUAAACAA